AUGUCACGUACUUCGAACAGAUCUCGACUCAGGAUCAUUUCCGAUUCAGAAUCGGACGAUGAGGUAAAGCUUGUAGAAAUAAAGCAAACGUCGUUGAAGACGAAAAAGGAUCAGAGCGUAUCUCCUUCCUGCUCACCCGGCCCUUCCAUACCCCAGAUGACAUUUGGUAAAAUCCCAUUAACACCUAGGAAGGAAACCAACUUCGCCCCUUCUCCAUUGAAAAGAGUGGAAUUCUCCUCUCUUAAAGUCAAAACUCCGGGAAAGAAGUUGAAAGGGUUGAGGUUUAUUGAUACGCCUGCUAAAAUCUACGAAGAGGAGAAUGUUGCCGCCGAGAUUGUGGAUGAUGGGGUAGACGACGCUCAGAUAGGUCAUGAAGAGCAAGAGGAACAGGAGCAGGUCGACUUGAUGGAAUCAUUGGAUCUAGGCAAUCUGAGAUUGGAUGAUGACAUUGCUUCAGGUACCAAGGAAGUGAUUUGUGUAGACGUAGAGGAGGAAGAUGUCGAUGGAACAUCACAAUUCUCUCCUGGACCUUCAUCACCCUCAACCAAACCCCUCAAUAAUGAUCCAACUUCUCCCUCCCCUGCAGAGGCCCUCAGUCGUUCCCCUAAUCCCCGAUCAACCACUCCUAUAAUCGUCGAAUCCGAUUCUGACGAAUCAGUAAUAUGGAACCCCACUCCAAGACGUACACCAGGUAAACGCAGAGUGGUAGUGUCCGAGUCCGAGUCUGACUCUGAAGCUGAACCAUCCACUUACCAACGUGUCCUUCCCAAUUUUCCCUCUACUGCUCCCAGUCCUUCGUCAGUGCGCAAGACAAGAGGUAAACCUGCCGCAUUGAGGUUCAUAGAGGAACAAGCGUACGACAAGAACGACUCUGAGGAAGAGGUAUACGAAGAGGAGGAAGAUACUAUGGGAUCGUUGAGGGAUUUUAUUGUGGAUGAUGAUUAUGAUUCUGAGGAGGAGGAGACUUCAGCCAGUGACCAAGACGAAGAUGAUGACAAUGAGGAGGUAUAUCAGAGUGAAGAAGCGAUAAGAAGUGGGUCAGAGGAAGACAGCGAUAGUGAUGGAUUUGAGAUUCUCUCUCCACCACCGCCUGAAACCAAUAAGACGCCUAAUGAUAAGAGUGAUACACCUUUAUGGAUACCAGAUAUAAGUCAAUUGGUAAUUGCUUCUUCCGAUUCCGACUCCGAUUCUGAUCACCGUGAUUCAGAUGAUGGUAGGAAGAGUAAUAAGAAGAAAAAUAUCAUUUCUAAUAAAGGUAAAUCGGAUAAAUCAUUGUUUUCAAACAAAGCUUGGAUAGAAGAACGGACACGAAUAGCCAAUUCGAUAUUUAAAGAGUUAGAUGAGAAGGUCUUCGAAAAUAGAUUGGGUAUGAAAGGUGUUGGGGCCAGGGUAGAAUGGAAUAAUAGGCUGUUAACUACUGCUGGAGUGGCGAGGAUCAAACGAAUUACGAAGAAUGGGGAAAGUAAGAAGGAUCAUUGGAUUGAAUUGAGUGAGAAAGUAUUGACUGGUGAAAAACAAAUACUCAACACUGUAGCUCACGAGAUGUGUCACUUGGCUACAUGGGUGAUCAGUAACGAAUUUAAGAAUCCUCACGGGAGGAAAUUCAAAUCAUGGGGAAGGAAAGUCAUGCUUGCAAGGAAAGAUAUUCAAGUUACGACCACCCACGCUUAUCAGAUAGAAUAUAAAUAUCAAUGGAAAUGUUCCAGUGAUCGAUGUGGAAGAAUAUACAAACGACAUUCCAAAUCUAUCGAUACGACUAAACAUACUUGCGGAAUAUGUAAAGGUACACUCGUACCUCUCUUUGAAACAAAACAAAAAACUGCAUCUGCAUUCCAAGUGUACUUGAAAGCCAACAUGAAAUACGCCAAAUCAUCUAUGCCCGGUUCAUCCCAUGGUGAAGUUAUGCGAGCAUUGUCGAAAAGAUGGAACGAGCAUGGAGAGAAUGGGGAUCAUGAGGUAUUUUGGAAGAGUGCUGCGAUAGCAGCUAGAUCUUAG